GUAAGUUGUCGUACUUGAGUAGAGGACUCAGGUCUUCUAAAAUAAGAGAGUGAAAGGAAGGAACAGGCAAUUAACCUACAUAUAGAUUAAAAUGAGUCCUGCUCGUAAAGUGAAGAUUGUGAAGAAGCGAACUGUUUCUUUCCCUCGUUUCCAGGCUGAUAAGUUCAAGAGAAUGAAUCAGCACUGGAGAAAGCCCAAGGGUAUUGAUGGACGCUGCAGACGCCGCUUCCGUGGUGCCACUCUGAUGCCCAACAUUGGUUACGGAUCGGACGCCAAGACCCGCAACAUGCUCCCCUGCGGACUGUACAAGUUCACCGUGAGCAACGUGAAGGACCUGGAGCUUCUGAUGAUGCACAACGAGAAGUACUGCGCUGAGAUCGCUCACAGCGUGUCUUCCCGCAAGCGCAUGGAGAUUGUCAAGCGUGCUAAGGAGCUGUCCAUCCGUGUGAUCAAUGCCAAGGCUCGCAUUGCUAAGGUCGAGGCUGAAGCUGAAUAAAGUGAUCACAAUGGAGGGGAUUGACAGAGA